AGUCACCCCUCAAUUUCACUAACAUGUGACAAAUUUAUCCGACGUAUAGGUCAUAUGUCCUUAGCCGCGGUUACUUCAAGUACGCACGAAACUGCAGUUUUGUGUGUCUAUUUAUUGAUCUGUCAUAAUUUUACGGUGGUCCCUCUUUAAGUACUAUCGAUUACUUCCUCAUCAGACAAGUAUCAAGCCACUCUGUAUUCAAAUUAUCAUCAGUAUUCAAAGGCUUGAUUAAAGUUGUGUAGUAUCUACAAGGUUCAAUACAAUACCCUUACUAAUGGAUGACAUUAUUCCUGACUUAGUACGUGAUACGAAUUUGAGUUCACCCACUUUGGACAAAGUCCCUGUGACGAUUCUGUCAGGAUACCUUGGUGCUGGAAAAACUACUCUUUUGAAUUAUAUUCUAACGUAUGCUCAUAACAAAAAGAUUGCUGUUCUUUUAAAUGAUUUUGGCGAAGGUUCAGCUGUAGAGUCUAGUAUUGCGUGGAGUGAAAAAGAUGGCAACCUCUUUGAAGAAUGGAUAGAAUUGCGUAACGGUUGUUUAUGCUGUUCUUUAAAAGAUGCAAGUGUACGAGCCAUUGAAAAUUUAAUGAAGCGGAAGGGAAAAUUUGAUUAUAUUCUAAUUGAGACAUCUGGGCUUGCUGAUCCAGGUCCUGUUGCAUCACUCUUCUGGUUAGACGAAGAUUUAUGUAGUCAAAUUUGCCUCGAUGGAAUCGUAACAGUUUUGGAUUCAAAAUACUGUUUACCACAUCUUAUGAAGUCUACUGGGGAUGAGAUGAGUGAAUAUGAAAGGUUCUUAAAUAUAUUUGACACUUAUUUUUAUUCCAGACAGGUACUUUUGGCUGAUGUACUCAUUGUCAACAAAACUGACUUGAUUUCUGAUUCAGAAAAAUCAGAAGUGGUUCAGCGUAUUAGAGAUAUCAAUAAUUCUGCUAGGCUCAUUGAAACUAAUUAUUGCAAGGUGAAUUUGGAAGAAAUUCUCGAUCUUCAGAUGUAUUCUAACAGUCCCAAAGUGGAAGCUUUUGUUCCGUCUUCCAAAUCGGUAUCAAUUCAUUUGAAUAGACGAAUAUCAACGCUGACCUUUGAGUUUUCUCGUCCAUUCAGUCGUAAAUUGUUUGAAAAUGUUAUAGAGUCAAUGCUUUGGGAGCACAGUGUUCACGAUGAGAGCGGAAAUCCAAUGAAUGUUCUACGCUUAAAGGGAUUUAUUCGCUUCAUAGAUGAUGAUUGUACUUACAGUCUACAGGGAUUGAACGAAAUUUAUGAUCUUUCCCAAAUACCUAAUGAAAGAGCUGAAUUGCUUAACCUAAACGGAACAAGAUUAAUAUUUAUUGGUCAUAAUCUAUGUUCAUCAAUUUUGAAAGAAUUGCUCAUUAACUGUACAGUAUGAAAGACACUUUAUAGGAUUGAUUACAUGUAACUUACAUUUAGCUUGUACAUACAUUUUUACACUUAUUUUUGUUUAUUUCUAGUUUACGAUUGUUAAUUUGUUACAA